CCAUAAUAUUCAGAAAUGUCACAAUAAUACAAAUUCGUAUAAAUUAUAAAUAUAACCAAUAUUUAUAUUAUAAAUAAUAAUAUAUUAUGAAAGUAUUAAUAUUAUAGUAUCUUUCACAAGUUACAAUUUCACAUUUGUUCGGUAUUGUUAGCAAACCUUAAAGUAUUUAAUUUAUACUAUUGUAUGUAUACCACCCCGUUUUAAUACCUUUUACUACUCGUAUCAGUGAAUAUAAUAUACAGUUGAACUACUACACGAAUAUUUGUUUUUUUUUCUGUUUUUUGAAAAAUUUUAGUCUCAUUCGUAAAUUAUAAUUUAGUAAAAUGGUAAAAACAUUAAUUUUUUAAUAUUAUAAUAUACUUAAAUAUAUAUCAUUAAUAUAUUUUCAUUAUUUAUAGUCGCACACCAUAUUAUUAAUUCAACCAGGCAACAAACCAGAAACGAGAACAUAUUCUGAUUACGAGUCUGUUAAUGAUUGUAUGGAAGGUAUGGAAAUUUUACAAUGACAAUGUUAUAGUAAAUAAAUAAUAUUAAUUAAUGUUUUAUUGUUUUAGGUGUUUGUAAAAUUUAUGAAGAACAUUUAAAGAAACUAAACCCAAAAUCAGUUUCUAUUACAUACGAUAUAACUCAACUAUUUGAAUUUAUUGAUCAUUUAGCUGAUCUUUCAUGUCUUGUGUAUGUUAAUAUAAUGUGUAAAAUUAUUCAAUAUUUUUAAUUUAUAUUCCUUUAACCGUGUUCAGGUAUCAAAAAAGUACCAUGACGUAUGCUCCAUACAAUAAAGAUUGGAUAAAAGAAAAGAUAUAUGUCCUACUAAGAUGUCAAGCAAAUCAACGUCAAUAAAAGUAUGAAGUUAUAAAAACAUUUUAUUAUAAUUUGUAUGAGGCUGUUUUUUUUUUUAUCACUACCUAUUUAAUUUUGAGUAGUUGUAUAUGUAUAGAUUACAGGAAAUCUAUUAUAAACUGUUCAUAAGGCAUUGUAACAUUUUUAUUUUUAAUAUCUCAAAAAUAUUGAGUUCAAAAUUUGUAUGAUGUAUUUGUAUUGACUAACUUUACUUUAUAUUUUCAAACAUUAUUAUAUCAAUUUUGGGUUCCUCAAUUCAAUUUUUGUAUGUACUUACCUAAAUUGAAAUAUUUAAAAAUUUAAUUUCAAUUAUUUUUUGAAAUUUUUGUAUAUUAUUCAAUCAGGAUAUUGAUAUAAAAUAAAUGUUUAACUAAAUUUUCUUGGAUAAUAUUUUUUUUUUUUUACAUUUUAAACCUUCAUAUACACAUGUAUCAUAUUAAAAAUGUGUAACCCGCUUAACUAAAUAUAAGGAGAACAAGGGAAAUUUUAUUUUCUCAUGCAUAGAUAUUGGAUACUAUAUACAAAAAUGGCAUUUUUAACUGUGGUCAGUAUUUAAGUCUUCGCUCUAUUUUAAUAAACUGUUAUGAAAUAUUUUAGGAAAUCGCUAUUGUCCCGUCUAAUUUGGGAUUAAUAACAGUCCUAGUUUAUAACUGAUAAAAAUGUGUAUCUUAUCUUAUUUGAAAAUGUUAUAAAAAAAAAAUUGGACAAGGAACAGUUCAUGUAAAAAUUAGGGCCUAUUGUCUCCAUACAUCGUUUUUUCUUGAGACCAAUUGUCCUAGAUCAUUUUUUUUUUAUAAAAAUCAAUGAAAUGCUCAACAGAUGAAAAGAUUAUUCUAGCUACCUAUAAUACAAUUAAAUUUUUGAGUUAUAAAAAAUGUGGUAAGUAAAAUAAUCUGAUGUAAAAG